GCGUCGGGCGGGACGCGGGUCCCGGCGCUGUGGGCGGGGUGGCGGCGGCAUGGAAGGGCCGCGGGCCGCUGCGGGCGGGGACGUGUCCCUGCACAACUUCAGCGCGAGGCUGUGGGAGCAGCUCGUCCACUUCCACGUCAUGCGGCUGACGGACUCGCUCUUCCUGUGGGUGGGGGCCACGCCUCACUUGCGCAGCCUGGCCGUGGCCAUGUGCAGCCGCUACGACUCCAUCCCUGUGUGCACCUCUCUCUUUGGAGACACCUCUGACACGACCUCUACUGGCCUGGCCCAACGCCUAGGUACAACAGAGGCAACACCAUGCAGACAGGUAGCUGUGAAUGACAGUUCAGAACUCAGUGUAGCUUGUGCUAUGAACAAGUACCGCCGGAGGAAGCCCCGUGGACAUGUACAGUAACAUGGUUCCUAGAGUCAAACCUCACAAGGUUGGGGUGCAGAGGGACAGAGGUAGGGAAGCGUUCCUUAUUUGACACGACACACUGUACUGCUUUCCCAACACACACACAAUACAUUACAGUGAGGUGGUGGUCUUCAAGACAGUUGAAUCGUGGGCCUCCCCAGCCUGAGGGCCCCAGGGCUGGGCAGUGUGACAGUUAUAAGAUGCACUGAGUGGCACUUCCAGUUCAGGGGUCUCCCAUGUGGCUCUGGGAAGUGGGCAUGUUUGAGUGGGAUCCUUCCCCUAUGAGGUCUGAUUUGAUGCUUACCGUUCUGUGGUCAGACCCACUCACUAGCUGUGUCUUCCAGCUGCCGGUGAUUACAGUCUUGGAAAACAUUUAACCCCUUUUCCUGUUUGAGUGCUAAUAACUACGGUAUUUGAUAAGAGUUAUUACUGACUUCUGGAAAAGAAUAAGAAAUAACCCCAUCUCCGGUGUUCACAUUUGUGCAUAACUUAUUAAAGGGUUUGCAGGGUAUAGGGAUGGGUGGUGAGAGCAGCAGGGUACCUUCCCACGUUUCCCCAGGGGAUGAGAGGGCAAAACAGAAAGGGAAUGUGCCUGAGAUGAGUCUCUUCUAGAAAUCCAGGAGGGACAUUGGACCAAGAAGCUCAAUAUAGGCUGGUGCUAGGGAGCUGGGGCUCAGACCUCCCUGUGGGGCCAGGCAGGUUUGUCCUGUCUCCGGCCUGGGUGCCCUCCUGCCUUUCUGCCUUGGUAUGGGCUUUGCAGUGCUCCCAUAGGGAAGCAUUCUUUUUCUGACUGUAUCUCAUACAGGUGUUCCUCAAGAGCUUCAACUACCCUUAAGCUGUAGGAGCUCAGACUUACCCCUAGCUUUCCCCCACAGGGUUCUGCCUGCUGAGAUCUUCCUGCACCUUUGCUAGACUGGGCCCUGCCCCAGGUCCCA